CCUUCUUGGCCGCCUCCCCCAGCCACGUCGCGUAUCACUCGCCAUUUUCCCCUCAUCGCAGCGACCUACAGUUACUCAAUUCUCCUAUUUUUUGCCUUCCCAAAACUAAAAACACCAAUUUCCUACUAGAGGAGAUAAUACAUACCUAAGGGCAUUGUCUGAGUUUGUCUUAUUUUUGCUGCAGCUCUCCGCAACAUGAAUAUUUUCAGACUAACCGGCGAUCUCUCCCAUUUAGCAGCCAUCAUCAUUCUGCUGCUAAAAAUAUGGAAAACCAGGUCCUGUGCGGGAAUUUCUGGAAAGAGUCAGGUCUUAUUUGCUUUGGUCUUCACAACUCGCUACUUGGACUUGCUCACAUCCUUCAUCUCCCUCUACAACACAACCAUGAAGGUGGUCUACAUUGGAUGUGCAUAUGCCACCGUGUACCUGAUCUACAUGAAGUUCAAAGCAACUUAUGAUGGAAACCAUGACACAUUCCGGGUGGAGUUUCUCGUUGUUCCUGUGGGCGGCCUUUCUUUUCUGGUUAACCACGACUUCUCUCCCUUGGAGAUCCUGUGGACUUUCUCCAUCUACUUGGAGUCUGUGGCCAUCCUGCCACAGCUCUUCAUGAUCAGCAAGACGGGCGAGGCUGAGACCAUCACCACACACUACCUGUUCUUCCUGGGACUGUACAGAGCACUCUACCUGGUCAACUGGAUAUGGAGGUUCUACUUUGAGGGAUUCUUCGACAUGAUUGCCAUUGUUGCAGGGGUGGUGCAGACCAUCCUUUACUGCGACUUCUUCUACUUGUAUGUUACAAAAGUUCUCAAAGGAAAGAAACUGAGUCUGCCUGCUUAAGUGCCAAAGAGGAGCGUAUUGGCAGAAGAAGGGGACUGGUUGGGAGGAGGAGACGCUUUGGACACCUGUGAUAUCUCCACCACUCCCUUCCAGUAAGGUGGCUGAGACAGACAGCAAGUAGAAGCAGAUCCAGCAUCAGAACAACUGUAGAAGCUGGUCCAUGCUUGGUGGAUAUCUGUUUGACGCAUCUUGCAUUACUUUUUUUUUUUAUUACUUUGUAUAAAGAAAGAAGAAAUAAAAGUGGAAAAUGUUUUCUACAUAUAAAAAACACUUCGCUGCAGAUUAGACAUUUUAGUGUAUCUCUGGUUAAAUGUAAAAUUGCAUUUCAUUUAGCCUUGUAUAAUUUCCAAACAGUUGUGGUGGUAUUGACUUUUUAGAAUGGCCCAUUGCUUUUCUGUACAUUUUUUUGGGAGGGUGAUGCUACACCCUCCCAACUUUGAUGCGAAAAAAAUCAACAUUGUUUCCCUAGUUUUAGCAGUAUGCAUUGCUAUGUAAAAGGCCAUUUUUUACACGCCAUGUUUCUAAAUUACUCAAAAAAGCACGUUAGAAUAAUACCAAUAAUAAAAUGCAUUCACCGUU